UUCUCCUACUAUGGCAUGCGAGCUGUUCUGACGUUAUACUUCAAAAACUUCCUCAAGUGGGACGAAGACUUGUCCACCUCCAUCUAUCACGCAUUUACAGCCCUGUGUUACCUGACUCCUAUUCUGGGGGCCAUUAUCGCCGACUCAUGGCUGGGGAAGUUCAAGACCAUUGUGUACCUAUCCAUCGUCUACACCAUCGGUCAGGUGGUCAUGGCAAUUAGUGCCAUUACUGAAAUCACAGAUGGGAACAGCGAUGGAAAACCAGACACCCUUACAAUACAUGUCGUGCUGUCCAUGGUUGGCCUCUUCCUCAUCGCUUUUGGGACAGGUGGGAUCAAGCCCUGCGUGGCAGCUUUUGGGGGAGACCAGUUUCAGGACCACCAGGAGAAGCAGCGGAGCACCUUUUUCUCCAUCUUCUACCUGUCCAUCAAUGCAGGGAGUCUCCUGUCCACCCUCAUCACUCCCAUAAUGAAAGCCCAGAAGUGUGGGACCGCUGAGCAGUGCUACCCCUUGGCCUUUGGAAUCCCCGCUGCCCUCAUGUUUGUUGCCCUCAUUGUGUUCAUCGCUGGCAGCAGCAUGUAUUAUAAGGCUGAGCCGCAAGGGAACAUCAUUCUGCAAGUUUUUAAAUGCAUUGGAUUUGCACUGAAGAACCGCUUCAAGCACCGAAGCAGCAAGUACCCCAAAAGGGAGCACUGGAUGGACUGGGCCACAGAGAAAUAUGAUAAGCUUCUCAUCGCUCAGGUUAAGAUGGUACUGAAGGUCCUCUUCCUGUACAUCCCACUGCCGAUGUUCUGGGCACUCUUUGACCAGCAGGGCUCUCGAUGGACUUUCCAAACCACCACCAUGGAUGGAAGCUUUGGUACACUCACUAUCCAGCCAGAACACAUGCAGAUGGUGAACCCUAUCCUGAUUCUUAUACUGGUUCCCAUUAUGGAUAGUCUGGUGUAUCCCCUCAUUAAGAAGUGUCACUUGAACUUCACCCCACUGAAAAGGAUGACCGUUGGCAUGUUUUUCGCUGCUAUGGCCUUCGUUGCGGCUGCAGUGCUGCAGACAGAGAUUGACAAAACCCUGCCCACAUUCCCAUCACAUUCCGAAAGCCAGGUGAAGUUCCUGAACAUGAAGAAUGAACCCAUUUUAGUUGGAUUCAAUUCGUCCUCUUCUGGGUGGAUUGAGCCAUAUGAGGCAACGCCUGACUUUCUUACAUACGAAACGAUGGAGAUUAAUGUCACUUUUAACAACAGUCCACCAGUGACUUUUGACCUUAAGAAAAGCUUGCGGCAGACUCUCUUGAUAACUCCUAACACCACAGAUUCAUAUCUGAUAGACGAUCUAACUGAAAAACCAGCUCUAGCAAAGAAUGAUAUCAGAUUUGUCAAUGGCUUGUCUGCCAACGUCAGCGUGAAAGCAGAUUCAGAAGACUUAGGAGUCAUUACGCCGUCGAGUGCCAGCAACUACAUUCAGUUUCCAAAGGCCUCAGUCACAUUUGUCAUUACCUACAUUAAUGGAAGUCAGUGCAAGUACUCAACGCAGUUUGGUUUUGGAAGCUCCUAUACCUUCCUUAUAUCCUCCAAGUCUGGCAAUUGUCAGGAGUCUAUAGUCGCGAUUGAAGACAUCAAGCCUAGUACCAUCCCUAUGGCCUGGCAGAUCCCACAGUACUUCCUCAUAACCAUGGGCGAGGUUGUCUUUUCUGUCACGGGGUUGGAGUUCUCAUACUCACAGGCACCCAGCAAUAUGAAAUCGGUGCUUCAGGCAGGCUGGCUCUUCUCCGUGGCUGUGGGUAACAUCAUUGUGAUGAUCGUGGCUGAAGCAGGCACACUUCCACUGCAGUGGGCGGAGUACCUGCUCUUCGCCUCCCUCCUGGUGGCCGUUUGCAUCAUUUUCUCCAUCAUGGCCUACUUCUACACCUAUAACAAUCCCGUGGAGAUGGAAGCCCAGAUCAGAAUGGAUGAAAACGAGAAGGAUAAGAAAGAGAAGGAGGACAUCUUCCCGAUGGAAAGGAAGGACUCUGCUGAAAACCCAAAAGAAGCCAAACAAACCAAAAUAUAG